GUGUAUGACAGACUCGGCUGUGAAGCCUCGAUCGCAAUCAUGUCACCUCAAUGUCUGCUGUAUACUACAAUCAUCUUAUGGUUAUUUUCUCUCUCAGUUUGGAGAGGAUCACCCUCAGACAAGCAGCAGCAAAGAGUUUCUGUGCACCAUAACCAAGCAAGCAGUGAAGGUGGAGCGCUCUCUCAGACAGGCAGGAGCUGACUGCAUGGAGCAGACAGUGGAGUGUCUAACUUCCACAUCUGAUGCUGUGCUGGAGCAAAUGGUUCUGAUGACAGGGAUCAGGAGCAUAACACACAGAGACGGGCUCCAGGAGUAUAGGAAGAAACACAAAGAACUGAAGGCAGCGGUGGCAAAAGAACUGGGAUUCAUAGUAACUAACGGGAUCGUCACCUCGAUUGUGAACGAAGAAGAGAAAAGCUCAGAUCAAGAAACGGGAAACGGGAAGGAAGCUGAGGGUGGAGGAAGCCCAGCAGUGGAGGAUGCCAGCGAGAGCCAACAGGAACAGCCAGAGAAAGAGAGCUUGGUGAAGAGUGCUGCUAUAGCUAAUGGUCAUGUGGUGGAGCCGGCUGAAGAGAGCCAACAUGAGGAGAAAGCAGAUGCAGGAGACAGUGACAGAGCAGCUUCAGAUGCUGAGGUCAAGAUAGUUAAUGGGGAGUCAGAGGUCAGGGCUGCAGGACAGGAAACUGAGAGCAGUGCACCACAUGAAGUAAACAGCAACAUAACCAAUGGAGAGGUAAAAUCUGAUGCAACAGCUGAUGAGAUGAAGUCAAAUGAGGUUAAUGGUGAAAUAAAUGGAGCCGGUGACGUCACUGUAAGCCCAUCAGUCCUUAAGAGUAAAGGAACAUGGGCAGAUGUCGUUUCAAAAGCCGAUGGAGCAGGAAAAACAGCAGUCAAUGGAGUAGCAGGUAACAUCACUGCUAAUGGAGAAGCUGAAGAGUAGAAACGUGUUAAACGUUGUACUCAAGUUUUUCCAAGUCACUGCUGUAAGAUGAAACUCUCCCAUGAUCCGAGAUGUAAUGAUCCAAUGAACAUAAAGCAGCCAACAGAGUGAGAUGAUGAAUAUUAGUUUGUACUGGAGAUGUUAUUGCUGAUGCUGGGAGAGGGCUGUACUGUUGAGUGUUAUUCUUUUUCAACAAUAAAAUGUUUACUCUG